AUGACGCGUCUACGAGCUCCAGGUUUUUUUUUUGCCUCCGUCUUCUGGCAAAUAUUUUUGUUACCACAUUUGCAUUUGGUAACAGGAUCCCGACAGUUUGCCAUUCCCUCCUUCGACCUUGUCGAUGGAAACCGCAUGCCUAUUACGGGCAUCGGUAUGUGUUGCCGGGAAUCCGCGAAGGGCGAUGCGGCCAGACAGACCGUUGUCGACUACCUCAAUUUUGGAGGAAGACAUAUCGAUACCGCUGUUUUGUACCAGAAUCAUGUUGAAAUUGGCCAAGGGAUUCGAGAGUGGAUAGGGAACAACACAGGCAGCAGAUCUGCGGGGGAUUUGAGAAGAGAAAUCUUUCUGACGACAAAAGUUUGGUCCGACAAAUUUGGAUUCGAGAGAAGCUACCGUUCGGUGAAGAAUGCUUUGAGUGAACUUGGAGUGGACUAUUAUGGGUAGGUUAUAAAGGUGCCUUUUGUUACCGUUUGUUAUGGCUCUCCUAAGGGGGACGGCCAUAACGAACGGGAUAAACGAACACCAAAAACCUAACUCUAAGCCUAUGUGGAUUUGGUGUUGCUACACGUCUCCGGUGAACAGGGUGGACCAGAUGCCGGCCCAGAUUGCGUGGAGGAGUCAGCGGAAUAUCCGGGUGCAGGAAACUGGAGCUUAUGCCGUCGAGCCAGCUGGGCAGCAUUGGAGACGUUGAAAGAUGAAGGAGCUGUGAGGUAACGGUAAGUACUUUUGGUUUGCUUAACGUAACUACAAGUACGUAUUUGAAUCAGUUCUUGUACAGGCAAAAGAUGUGAUUGUCGUGAACUUUGAAGGUCCUGGCACGUAGACGUACUUCCACUGCGUAGUCGUUCUUCUUGUCAUUAUGUCAGUAUAAUCGCAUGUUCAUCUUGAACAAUGAUGCAUGCUCAUCAACGAAGAUCUUGUUGAUGUUACGACUGCAAUCUUCCUCUCCAGAUCCAUUGGCGUCUCCAAUUGGGACAUCCCUAAAAUGGAAGCUUUGCAUGCAGUUUCCAAAUAUCGCAUUGCCGUCAACCAAGUAGAACUACAUCCUUGGUACCCGCAACGUGAACUCCUAGCUUGGUCUAAGAAAAACAAGGUUGUCGUAACCGCAUACGGUUCCAUGGGCAGUCAGCGACUCGCGAAGCAAAUUUUAUCGCAGGAUGCUUUCACUUCGCUAUCGCAGCCAAGAAAUCUCCAAGUUGGCCAAAUCCUUUUGCGGUGGGCGGUGCAGAAAGGGGUGGUAGUGAUACCAGGAACAGCGAAUCCAGUCCACAUGGAACAGAAUCUGGACUUGUUUGGCUUUGAAUUGGGAGAAGAGGAAAUGGCGGUACUGGAUGGAAUCGCGGACACGAAUGAACCGAUACAUAUCUAUGGGCAUCGGCCUGAUUUGAUCUUGUAAUCUCCAGGUCGUGGAUGAAGGUGCUGAAGGCUUCCUUUUAAGCUGCCCAUAAGCUUAAGCAUGAUGAGAUUCAUCUUAAAACCUCCGCGCUUACUUUGUUCUUUCAUGAUAAAUACAAAAAGGAUGUUAAGAUAUACCUGGACACCUACGUACAUGAUCUUUCACAGCAUCUUGCGGUCAGGCUUCAUAUGACGGUUUGCCAGGUGUUC